AUUGUGCAGAAAAGACCUAGUAGCAUGUGUUAUAAAGUGGACUUUUAUGGUCAAUAAAUAAUAAACUAAAAGAACAGGCUAUACAUAAUCAUUGGCUUUGAGAGAUGUACCAGAAUAAGUACGGUGCGGAGGAGAGGGGAUAAACCAUAUGUUCCUCAUGUGCGUUGUGUUUUUUUUGGGUCUCAUGUUUUGUGAGCUAUUUUUGAUCCAAAGUAUGUAAUUUAAAAAUGUAAUUCUCAUUUUGUUAAAUUUUUAUCAAGUGAUAAAAUAAUACUAGAAAAUAUUAGUCCAAGUUUAAUAGUUACUAAACUAUACAGGUAUGUAACAAACUCUUAUUAUCAUAAGUUCCAUUCAUAUUUUUUAUUUUGUUUAUUGAUGGUACAAUUCGUCCAAUCCGUUUAUUCUGCACUGUUUGAUGAUCCGUCCAAUCCAUUUGUUUCGUAUUAACCACAAUUAUUCUGACCUAUCUAUUUGUUUCAUUAUCCGUCCAAACCUUCCAAAGAGGAAACCAUUUCUAAUAAAUAGUUAUUUAAGCUAUUUCUCUAAGCAUUUAAAUCAAAUGUCUUGGUUUCUUUACAUCUGGCCCAAGAACGUAGUUAGUAGACUCAUGCAUUCUAAGCUUCACGGAUCGCACGUUUUUGUAUUUUUAUUUAUGUGGUUCAGGGACCGACCAUAAGUCAUCCAAGUUCCAACCAAACACAUGGACCAACCAUUUCCACGUGCCGACCAAAACCAAAUGCAAAUUCUUCAAUCUGUCCCAACAAUUCAAAUUCACACACACACACACGUGCCGACCAUGGAAAUCACUUUAUACGAACGUUUAACUUAUCACAAUAAUUCAUCAUCGAAAUAUGUAUAUAUAUGCACACACCAUUGACAUUCGUAGAACUCAAACACACUAAAACAUAAACCAUAGCUUUUCAACCAAAACACAGCGUCUUAAAGUCUCUUUGAUCAAAUGGCUUCUUAUGCGAUGUCUCUCCAAUCCAUCUCCACGACAACUCUCAACAAUCUCUCCUGUAACCACCAAUCUCAUCGUAACUCUCUUCUCGGUUUCUCUAAACACUUCAAGACUCUUGGGAUCUCAUCCAACGGUUCGGGUUUCUCCUCUCGUUCAACUUCCACUCCCGAGAACCUCACUCUGUCCCGAGCUCUCUCCCAGAACGGACAUAUCGAAAACUCCAGACCAAGUAGAAUUCAAGAACUGAGCGUGUACGAGCUCAACGAACUAGACCGACACAGCCCAAAAAUCCUGAAAAACGCCGCUAGCCUAACGUUCGGUCUCGGCGAUCUCGUCCCAUUCACCAACAAACUCUACACUGGCGACCUCAAGAAGCGCGUGGGAAUCACCGCCGGUCUUUGCGUCGUGAUCGCACACGUCCCGGAGAAGAAAGGUGAACGGUUCGAAGCCACUUACAGCUUCUACUUCGGCGACUACGGUCACUUAUCCGUCCAAGGACCGUACCUGACGUACGAGGACUCGUUCCUCGCCAUCACCGGUGGCACUGGAAUAUUCGAAGGUGCUUACGGACAGGUCAAGCUUCAACAGCUUGUGUAUCCGACAAAACUGUUAUACACUUUUUACCUCAAGGGUCUUGCUGGUGAUUUGCCGGCGGAGCUCACCGGGACUCCGGUUCCUCCAUCCAAGGACGUGAAGCCUGCGCCGGAAGCUAAGACAUUGGAGCCUAGCGGAGUUAUUUGUAACUUUACUAAUUAAAUUCAUUAUGCUUUUUGUGUCUUUGUAUAAUGAAAUAUUAUUAUUUUUAAUAAAGAACAAUAGCAAGUUACUAGAUAUAAAUUUUCUUGCAAGAAAAGAAGUUAAAAGCUAUUAACUUCACUUU